AUGUCGUUCGACCUCACCCAUGUCACGGACAUGAGCUCCAGCUUCACCAUAUCGGAUGACAUGUCCGGUAGCUUCCAUACGGGCGAGACACCGACCUCCAACCUGUCCGCCUUUGAGAGCUCGGCCUUCGGCAGCGGCAGCUCGGUCCUGUCGGCGUUCGAGCCGCCAACAGACGAUCCGCUGGGCCUCGGCCAGGCGGCGGCGCUCGCGCACCUGCUGGAGGAGCAGUCGGCGACCGAUGCCAGCCUGGAGGAGCUCGAGGCGGUGAUCUCGAAGCUGCAGGCGAUUUAUCUGUACCGUCAGGGUUUGAAAGCUCUCACAGAGGAGCGCAUCCCGGGGCUGGGCGAGUCCUCAUCCGCCUGCGUCAACGCUGCCCUGCCCCCCGAGCUCCAGGCGGCCAUGCUGGCCGGCGUCAGGGCGCCCAGCAACCGCUCCGACUCCUUCAGCUCGGCCGUGCCCGGCUCGCCGAACUCCAUAUGGCGGAUGAACGCCGCGACGGACAUCCCCACGCUGCAGUACCCCUCGGGCAGCGUCCUGCCCACCGGGGGCGGCGACUUCACCUCGUCCCUGGCGCAGCUCCAGUACCAGCUUCACCAGGACAUGGUUCGGAGCCGAAGCGGGACCCGCCACAACCGCUUUCCACGACGCAGAACCCACCGUCGCCAGGCCAGCAGCCCCGCGGCUCUGCGCCCGCCCCAGUGGGCAGACCCCUCGUGGCACCCCAUGACGGCGGUGCUGGCCAAGGGCGACCUGGCGGGCGCUGGGACGGGGGUGUUCAUACCCGCCACAAGCCCCGGCGGUGAUGGCAAGCAAAGGGAGAUCGACGACCCCAGUGCAGACACUGCUGGUGCAAAGAUGGCAACGGCGAAUGACCUUCCCGCAGAGUGGAUGUACUGA